AUGUUUCUUACUUACACUUUUGAGGUCAAAUUUGUUUUGUAAUCUUAAUCUUUUUGAACUGCAGUUUGUUGUUAAAAUUGUGUGGUGACAGAGGAGCACCUGAAAUAUUUUGAAAAAUAUACCCGAGGAUCAUUUGGAAUUGCAUGUAUAACGAUUUUAAAAGAUGUCAUCAGAUAGUGGAAAGAAGAAAUAUAUAAACGAGAAUAGGUUCCGCUUCAAACUUCCACAUAGAUAUGUAAUUUAUGACAAGUUACACCGAAGUACAGUAUUUGUCCUUAUAUCAGGUUCUUUUAUAAUUUGUGUUAGGAUGGCCAUUGACUUUUACCACCAGCAGAGAGUAAGAAAACCAAUAUUAACUGAGAUAGCAAGAAUAGAUCAGGAAGUUGCAAUGAAAAAGAUGCAAGCAGAGAGAGAGGCAACUCUUAAUAUACAACAGAAACUACAAGACGAGGCAGAUACACUUGAUAAAUAAUAUAAUACAACAUAGAUAUGAAGACAAAAAAUGGUGAAACGAAUAUGUGAUAUCAUCAGAUCAUUUAAUGCUCAACUGAGCAUGAAGGUGUUUUUUUAGUUGAGCUUGGAGGGGAUUUCAUUGUUUUUGAUGACUUUCUGUCAACAAAUGAUCCAUCAUCCACAAUUUGUUUGACUAUCAUUUCCUCUGAAACAAAGGGCACAUUUGAAUAAACUUGUCAUGGAAAUUUGCAUUUAUUUUGAUAUUUUUAAAACUAGUACAGAAUGAUACUUUUUAAAAGAAUUUAUGUAUGAAACACAAGUUAUUUUUAAGAAAGUUAAGCCUUAUUUAUAUAAGCAUUAUGGUAUGGCGUUGUCUGUCUGUUGACAAUUGGUUACUGUAGCACAACAUUUGAAGGUUAUCAGUGAUUAUGUUUUGUUUGGCCUGUAAUGUAAACAAGUUAUAUCAAAACUCUGUCAAGCUGCAAUCAAAUCAUUAUAAAUAGAGUUAUGCCUUUUUAAAGCAAAUUUUAAUGUGAAAUUAUUAUAUAUAUUUUUUUGCAUUUUUUCUUUAAGAUUUCAUUGAUUGUGUUUAUAUUUGGCAUGUAAAUUUGCUAUAUCAAAACACAGAUCAAGUUACAUUUUUACUAGAGUCAACUCAUUAUUAAUAGAGAUAUGCCGUUAUUAUAUAACAAUAAAUUUGCUAUCUUUCUAUUUUGCACAUUUUUGUCUGUAUUACUUUCUUGUAAACUUGCCUUCAGGUGUAUACCUCUUGUUGUUCAACUUAGCACACAAGCUCUGAUGUAAGCUGUUGUGAUCGCAUUUUGUCCAAUGUCUGUUGCUUUUGACAGUUUCUUUUAAUAAUAUUUCUUUGAUGAACCUCUUAUUUUUGUUCAAGUAUGGCCCUGAUAAUUCAUACUGGUCAUUUAUUUUGUAAUGGCUCCUAAAAAAUUACUAGGCCUAGAGCCUAGUACUUGUUAUGUACCUGUAUCUGAACCUCUACCACACUUGUUUAAAGCAUGGCCCAUGAGUCAACAUUGUCCGAUAUUGGCACUUUAAAUAAAUCUAUCAUUUUCUGAGGGUUAGGGUAGGUCACCCAAGUUAAAAAUUUCAAAAAAGAUCCUUUAUACAUUACAUACCUCCUGCAUCUAGGUUUUUUCAACUGUAUCAAAUAUUUUUUGAACUGCUAUGCCAAUGUUAGUACGAGUUUUAUCAACUUUUUCUGUUCACUUAGGUGAGUGAAACAGACACACAAGUGUCACUUAUUAAUGUAUGAAUAAGUGAAGCCAUUUUGACGAGUUACUUCAGCAAAUCUUUUAAAUGAAAUGACAAUAAGAAGUGUUCAUCAUAUGUUUAAAAGAACUCACUGAAGUGUGAAUUAUAUUGAGUUUCUUUUUAUUUUAAAUCAUUGUAAAUUUUGUAAAGUUUGUGAUGAUUAUGAAUGUAAAAUUUGAUAUGUUAUUACUGUAAAAACAAGAUAAUGUUUUGUAAAUUGUUUUAGUUUCAGUUUGAAAAUAUAAUUUUUUGUUAUACAAAAAAUUGUAUAUAAGUGAAAGAAAUAAAAUUCUAAAGUUCUCAA